UUUUGUGAUUGGUUUUGUGUUUUGUUUUCCUUUGAGAAGCAAAUGAAGCAAUUCUUCAAAAAGUUUAGUUUAACCCGUUUAACCCUUCGACGACGAAGAUAAAAAUCAUUGCAACCAUACCCAUCAUGAAAUGCAAUUCACGUUGCUGUCGCGAUUUCAUUUUGACAUACAAUCGAAAAUCGUGAAUAUCUGAGAUCUGAGUUGACAAUAGACGUCACACGUCGUUUUUUUGGACAGUAAACUGCUCCUUGGUAAACUACACUAAACUUACAUGUCUACGAACGUUUUUCAAACGCACCCAUAUACCCAAGGUGCACAAAAGACAGAAGAGGGGAGAGGAGAGCUGAAUCAUCUGAUUGUUUACUAUCAAGAAUAAGUAUAAGACAAGUAAACUUUAAAUUAUUAUUACACUCUGCUUAUAGAUUAUCUGUACAUAUCUUGUUUACAGUCUUGCUUGUUACAGUCCGGGAUUGUGUUUAUCAAGUUGAGACAGUACAUUCCAAUUUGCUGGCCCAAAAGGAGCAAAUCUCUGUGCAGGUUCCUAGCAUUACACAAAUCUACUAUGCACGUCCAGACUCUGAAAAACGUGGCUUGAUUCCUACCUUGAACGUCUAGUCUCAACUCAGAAGAGAAUCUGUGAUGGACAGGUAGUUGCCGAUGGGCUCGUGUUUGUGUAAGGAGAAGAAGCGGCAGCGAAGCUUGGCAGAGCGGCAAGAUGCUUUGCAGCAGGAAUAUGAUGGUCGUCCUGCGCUGUCCGUAUCAGGGCCAUCCCUUUCUGCUCGAACAGUGCAAACAGCCAGUACAUCUUGUCCAAUCGUCAUCGAUGAUCUAGUCCUUGAAACGCUCUCCGUUAUUCGAACACUGGUUGAAAAUGAGCAAGAACCACCAGCCUCCAUGGUCAAACUUCACGUGAUAGCUGACAAAGAGGAAGGAUGGUUGGCGCUGGUAACUUCCAUGGUUAGAGUCAUUCCUCUGGAGGACCCUCUUGGGCCUGCUGUUAUCACCCUGCUUCUGGAUGACUGCCCUUUGCCGACAAGAGAGUCGGUUUUAAGGCUGGCUUUGCUGUUUAACCUGUCAGCUGAGCAAUCCGAAUUGGGAUGUAAGUUUCCUAUGCAGCAAAGGAACAUCUGUGUCGUGCUGGGCUGCAUUGCUGAGAAGAUGGCUGGAUCAAACAGUAUUGCAAUUUUAACUAAAGGAACUCUAGACUACUUGAUAGCCAAUCUUAGAGAGGAAAUCAAUCCAUCUGUUACACUAUUUUCCCUUGUGGCGCUUGAGAAAUUUGCCCAGACAACUGAAAAUAAAAUGACAAUUCAGCGAUAUCUGAAAGAUUGCCCUACAAAUCCACUGUUGAGACUGGAGCAAUGGAUCGACCACCCUGACCAUGUAAAACGGCAAGUUGGCUUCUGUGCUCAGUGGUGUUUGGACAAUUUGUUUUUGGUUGAGGGACGUCCGUUCUCAUACAACUGUAUUGAUUUAUCUAACAUCAAUGUCAUGCUCAACACAAAGGAUGUCAGCGAGUAUUUGAAAAUUUCACCCAAUGGACUGGAGGCUCGUUGUGAUGCUUUCUCUUUCGAAAGUGUCCGCUGCACCUUUCAAGUUGACAAAGGCAUUUGGUACUAUGAGGCUGAAAUAAUAACUCCUGGUGUAAUGCAGAUCGGCUGGGCCACUAGAGACAGCACAUUCUUGAAUCAUGAGGGCUAUGGAAUUGGAGACGAUGAAUAUUCCUUGGCCUAUGAUGGUUGCCGUCAACUCUUCUGGCACAAUGCCCGUUGUGAGGCUCAGUCGCGACAAUGCUGGAGGCCAGGCGAUAUAUUAGGAUGUCUUCUUGAUCUUGAUAAGCCAGAGAUUUGUUUUUAUGUCAAUGGACAACGUCUUGGCUCUAGCACCCAGGUUACAUCCAACAAUAGUAUAUUUAAGUCAUCUAGGUCUGGAUUUUUUGCUGCUGCUAGUUUCAUGUCAUUCCAGCAGUGCAAGUUCAACUUUGGCAGUAGUCCCUUUAAAUACCCGCCAAAGGAUAGAAAAUUUGCAAAAUUUAAUGAUCAUGCUCACUUGGAUGCUGAGGAUAAAAAGAUUUUACCUAGACAUAUACGCUUAGAACAGCUUUGCAAACUGAGUGUACGUGAUGACUCUUGUACCUUGUGUUUUGAUGAUUUUGCUACUGUUCAGCUGACUCCUUGUGGCCACAGGGGAUUUUGUAAAAACUGUGCCAAUCAGUUGUCAGAGUGCCCAAUGUGCAGAGCAACAAUCAAGGAGAAACAGCAUUGUGAUUCAGAGAGAGAGGCUGAAAAGAGGGCUGGAGAAACAUGACCUCCACUCAACAUGCAUUUUUGGUUGAUAUAACCGGAUUUUGAUAUUUUGAAUCAACAAUAUUACCCUCAAUUUCAGGUUUUUUCUUAUUCUAAGGCUUAAUUAUUUAUAAAAAUUGCAAGUUUGAAAGUUGUAAAAUCUGCGCAGAAGCAUCGAUAUACAUGUAAUCCUAUGUCGGCUGGGUCGCUCUUGAUAAAAUGUAAUGGGAUGCACACACAUUGGUGUCAUCUUCUGGUCAUGCUAAGCAAUUGAACCAAAAUGCAAAUUAUGUUCUAAAAUAAUUAAAUUACACGUAGGAGAUUCCUCCCUGCAAUAAAUUAUAAGUUAAUCUA